GCCAAUGGCGAGCGAAAAUUCUUGCGAUAUUUGAAUUUAGUGCGAUUAGCCUACAUAACCAAAACUGUUGUCAAAAUGAAUAUUACCAGGAUUCUCACAACGAAUGUAAGGUUAUGUCCUGGUAGAAUUACAACAAGCGUUCACAAUCUCUAUAAGAAUCAACUUCAAUGCUGUUGCGGAGAUAAUAGCAAGCGGCAGUUCUCGUUGCAAUCAAGCGUGGAGUCUGUGGCGAAAACCCAAAGCGGUAUAUUCCAGAGUAUCUCGGAGAGCACCCCAGUUGAAUACGCGCAAAAAUUGUUACUGAACAUACACGAAACUACAGGUUUACCAUGGUGGGCCACAAUUGUUUCUACCACAAUCCUCAUGAGAGCCACAAUCACUUUCCCCUUGGCAAUCUACCAAAACUACAUUCUAGCCAAAGUCGAGAACCUGAGCUUGGAAAUGCCUGCAAUUGCAAAGGAAUUAAAGAAGGAGAUAGGAGUGGCAGUCAGGUUGUACAAGUGGGAUGAGAAGAUGGCCAAAAUGCAGUACAAGCUAACAAUGAAGAAAGAAUGGAAUAAACUGAUAGUGAGGGACAACUGUCACCCAGUGAAAAGCAGUCUGUUGCUAUGGUUUCAAAUACCAAUGUGGGUCUCAUUGUCAGUCAGCUUAAGGAACCUUGUUUAUCAACUACCCAAUCAGGAUUUCACAGCUAAAAUGACUCUAACAGAAUUAUCUGUUGGAGGCUUUGGUUGGAUACCAAAUUUAGUUGAAGUUGAUAGCUCCUUGAUACUUCCUGUUACAUUAGGCCUUAUCAAUUUGGCAAUUAUUGAGAUUCAAACGUUAUCCAAAGUAAAUGUACCGAGCAAAUUGCAACGAUACGCAACGAACUUCUUCAGGGGCUUCAGCGUUCUUAUGAUUCCAAUUGCUGCAUCUGUUCCAUCUUGUAUGGCUUUGUAUUGGACGACGUCUUCGGCUUUUGGCUUGGUGCAGAAUAUGAUUUUGAUGUCGCCUAAAGUGAAGAAAUCCUUCAAUAUCCCAUUAACCGCUAGUCAAUUGGAGAAACCGUACGCGCACCUUUUGGCUGCAAUGAAACACAAAUAUUUACCGAUUAAAUAAAUUAUUUUGUGAAGAAAAUUAUUUUACUGCAAGCUAUUGUAUACAUAAUACAUAUUCAACUGAACAUUCAAUGUAUGAUGUAAUUUGGCGCAAUCACAAAAAUUCGAUACGAGAAGAUUAGUUUGAUUCUCAGACUCAAAUUUUAAAAAAAUCCAUAGCAUUUUGAGGGUUCGAUAAAUACUAGCUAGUGGCAGAAGUAGAGCCGUAAUCAAUAACAAAAGCAAUUUAUAUUU